GAGCCACUCGAAAUAAACAGGCGUUGUAGGGACCGCUCUGGCUCCAGUGUCACGUUUAUCACCAGCCUAUGGACAGAGGGGGCUUACACCUAUAAGUUGCCAUCAGUGAAGCCCAAACAUCCCGUCAGUUUCUGCCUCCACUGAGCCCAUAUCAUUGUAAACUUUUUUUUUUUAAACCCUUCGCUGCAUACACUGAGCUCCGACAUAGCGAGGUUACUACUACAAGUGGACCUAUGAACAUGUCCCGCUGUCCUCCUUCCCCCAUGCCUGGUCUAUAGUCAACCAGAAACGACCCAUAUACUCACUCACACCACAUUCACAGCCAUUUGAAGAACCCACCCUGUGGUCACACCAUGGCCAGCAAGAGGAAGUCUACUAUUCCUUGUAUGAUACCCAGCAAGAUCAUACGGCCAAUAGAUGAGGUUGAACAGGACUCUCCAGUCCCUCUCCGUCAAUCCAGGAUUUCUGGAGGGGGCAGACAUAGCCCACUGGACCCAGGAGAGUCUUCCAAACUAGAGGCGGGGGACGCUGUCAAAGAUGGUGCUGGCACUUACACCUGUAAGCCUUGUAAUUUUGAAACCCAUGACCUUAACUUGUUCUUGGAUCAUGUGUACUCUGGGCACCUAGACUUCCGUGCGGACCCCAGCUUUUUUUGCGUGAGCUGCGGAGUUUCAGCACCCAAGUUUGAGGGGCUGGCCCUGCAUAAUGCCAGGGUUCACCCCAGCACAUUGAACACGACUCUGCAGCUGAGGAAGAAAGACAGGAGAGUAGUGGUGGAGCAGACUCUGUUGACUGGGGCAGAGACGGGGAAGGAUAGCGAGAUCUCUAUCACCAAAACCCCGAUUAUGAGGAUGCUGAAGGGCAAAUCGGAGUCUAAACGGAUAGUGGUGUCUCACCCAGUCUCCGACGAACAUUCCUCAGACUCUAUCUCCGCGUCCAGAGAGACUGAGAGAAAAGAAGCUGCUGCAGUGACAGUCACCCAUGUUCCAACGAUUGUCCACAAUGGAACGACCAAGGUCACUCUGCCCUCAGCAAUCCAGAUAGUCAACGGCUCUGGAGCAUUACCAAUGCUCAAGACUCCCAUCACACAGGUGGUCUCAAUGGUUCAAAACAGAAACUUUCAUCAAUCCACACCAAUCACAGCCUCCUCAAAUAUUUCCUCUGCUUCGUAUUCGACCUCCAAAAAUCUCCCCAAGGUGAUGAUUCCUCUGAGCAGCAUCCCUACCUACAGUGCCUCCAUGGACUCCUCUUCCUUCUUAAAGACCUCCUUCAGUAAGUUCCCAUACCCCACAAAGGCGGAGCUCUGCUACCUGACUGUGGUCACAAAGUUCCCUGAAGAGCAGAUCAAGAUCUGGUUCACGGCCCAGAGACUCAAACAAGGCAUCAGCUGGUCUCCUGAGGAGAUCGAGGAGGCCAGGAGGAAGAUGUUCAACACCAUCAUCCAGACUGCACCUUCCAGCUCGCAGCAGCAUAGUCACCAUGGCACAGCCCAACACACAAUCACAGUUCUGCCUGCCUCGCUGGGGGCUACUGGGAUCCCUCACAUCCUGCAGGGCUCUCUCGUCAACCAAGGAGGGGUAAUCGUCACGCAGCCUGUAAUGGCAAACGGUAUCCAGGUUAGCAGUGCUCCUGUGGCGCUGGCUGUCACACCGAAGCCCCAGGCAGCAGCCCGCCCCAUGAUGCAGGCUCGACCUGCUGCCGCCCUGGUGGCGGACAAGGGCAUCAACAUGGUGGUAGGGAUGGUGGGCAGCAGUAACACUGGGAGCAACAUCAGCAGCAAUAGUAGUAGGAGUGGGAGAGGGGGCAUGAGCAGUAUUAUUACUAGCAGUCAAGCUUGUGUCAUCAACCUCAGUCUAGGAAGCAGUAGUCUUAGUAAUGCUAAGGUUAGCAGUGUCAAUGGUAAACAAAGCAGUGCUAAUGUAAACUACAAUAACAAGAGCAAUAGUAAUGUCACCAGCUUUGUAAAAACUAAGAACAUUGAAUUCAGCAAAGCCAGCAACACCAGCAUUGUGAAGAGUGACAACAAAGUUACCACAGAAAGCAGCAAAACGGGCAGUGACAGACAGAAGAGCAAAGAUAGCAACGGUAGCAGUAAACAAAAUGACACAACUAGCACAAGCACAGAUGAUGUGGACCCUGUCAACAGUGACUCUCCAACCAUCAAAAUGGAAGAGGCGUCUUCCCCUGUCUCUAAGUGUCCUUCCCCCUCUCCUGGAUCUCGGAUGCCUGUAAACGCAUUCCUGGACCCCAGCUUUUAUAAGGGCAAGAAGUCCCAGGAGCAGCUCAACACUCUGAAGGACAGUUUUCAGGUCAGCCAGUUUCCAGACCAAGAGGAGGUGGACCGUCUCAUUGCUCUGACUGGGCUCACAGUACGUGAGGUCCGCAAGUGGUUCAGUGACCGGCGCUACCACUUCCGCAACCUCAAAGGUUCACGCUCCAGCACAGGUGGACAGAGUAAGUCUGGCACUGCAGCGGGAGCAGGGGGCAGCGCCAACCCUGUCGAUCUAUCUGAUAGUAGCAGCAAUUCCGGUGCAAAAACUCCCCUGCACAGCUCUGCACCCCUAAGCCCAUCUGCGUCACAGACUCCCACCUCUCCCACCACACCUUCCCGCCGACUCCCCAGACCUCCUUCUCCGGAUUUCACUGCCAUCCGCUACAAGGAGCGAGAACCUCAUCAGCUAAAGGCUCUAGAGGCCAGUUUUGGCCAGGACCCUGACCCAGCAGGAGAGGAAGUGGACCGAUUGCGAUCUGAGACCAAGAUGACCAGGAGGGAGAUUCACGGUUGGUUCGCUGACAGGAGGAAGAGAAUGGCAGCUGAGAAAAAGAAAGAGGAGGCGGAGCAGGCGAUAAGAGACGAGGAGGAGGGGAUGGAAGUUGAUGGGGAGGAGAGACGGAAAGAGGACUGUUCAGGAGAACUGAAAGUCAACCCUAUUAAAAUAAAUCUGAAGAUGCUGAAGGUGACUGAAGCCAAUGGCAAAUCAGAGGGUGAAGGGUUGGAUAGCCCGCUUCAGUCCAGCAGCACACCUGCAUCCUCCCCAGGCCCCACUCCAUCCUCCACCCCCAAACCACCCCAAUCCUCCACCCCAACACCAAAACCAUCCAACUCUCCCAAACCCAUAGCCAUGCGAGGUAAGAAGACAGCGGACCAGCUGCAACUGCUCAAACUAGUCUACGCACGUACCCAGUGGCCCAGCGCUACUCAGUAUGAUGAACUGAUCUCAAGCAGUGGACUGCCCCGACCUGAGGUAGUGCGCUGGUUUGGGGACUGCCGUUACGUACAGAAGAACGGCCAGUUGAAGUGGCUGGAGGCUUACCAGACCACGGCUCUGGAAGAGGACCUCCAGAAGGGGAACACGCAGAUCCUCCAGGACCACCACGACGCCCACGGCAGCGUGGAGGAGUCACAGUUGCAGGACCUGGCGCAGGCUAGUGGUUUAACAGCGGACCUGGUGCGACAUUGGUUCUCCACCAAGGCGUCUUUGCCUCUGUUGGAACAAACUGCUGCUGCUCUUGAGACUGAACCAAGACCAGUUGUACCAGACGCAGCAGCUGAGCAGCGAACAACAGGAUCCUCCCCCCUGGAGCCGCAGCCAGGAGGAGGGACAGAGGAGAAAAUGGAGCAGUCGGUGUGUGGUGUCGCAACAGAAACGGAGGAGGCCAACACUGACGAGACUGUGAAUCCUACUAAAGGAACAGAUUGAAGGCCUUUUUUUUUCCUGAGGAUGGAGUUCACAACGCAGGCGGUCUUUGUGUCUGUAGUCUGAGCAAAAGACGGCAGAUGCGUUUGUAACAGGAUCACUGGAUGGAAAUGGACCUUGAAACCAUCCUCACUCAUCCCUCUCUCUCACACCCCUAGAGGUAGGCAUGACCUCCCCCACUACGUGAGAUGGACACUCAAGCCACUAACCAACUCCCCCUAUCCACCCACUCCCUGCCCUCCCGUUGAGUCGACCCCUCCGCUACACAGACCUUCUCCAGUAUCCUCCCGUCCGCCAUUUUCCCCUCAGAAGGAAGUUCCAGUAGAGACUGAAGUGCAGGAGUGGAUGUGGUGGAAGGAGGGGCCGGGCCGACAGCGCUUCUCUACCGCGUUUGUUCUGCCUGCCUGCUGUGAUGGGAGAAAGGAAGGAAAAAGGGGUAGAUUUGGCGGGCGAAGUCUGGUGGGACCUCAGCAGAUGUUGAUCACGGGUGGGGGUUGGGUUUUUGGACACAGUUAUCGACCAAAUCAACCCCCAGACGAGGAUUUACGGAGUGUUGACAGCCUGUUCAUAGUUUGUUUUGGGGUACGAAAAACUGCACAGCUCUUUGCUACAGGGUGCUUGCCUUAAAGGCCUUUUUCCAUUGUGCCAUCUUCAUACUCACUUUUUCCACCAACUUGCACUCAUACACUUUGUCUUUAUGCUUGCAGCUUACUUUAAAUGUGCUAGCUAGGCUGUUCAUAGUGUCUUAUGUGGAACACAGCACUGAUGUUCAUUUGAUCGUAUGUGUUUUUUGUUUCUGGACAUCUCUUUGUAUUCAUUUUACAUUUCUAGGACGUCGUCGGGAAUUCCGUCAUCCAAAGAGGGCAAGCACCCUGUUGUUUAAAUGAAAAAAGCGACACAAUAAAGUAGACUGGACUCUGGUUUGUGUUGUAGCAUCAAGUGCUCCUUUACGUCACUGACAUGUACGAACAUUUGUUUUUAUGGAGCUUUCCUAUGAAUAACUUUGACUGUAAAAGAACUGUGAACUUCUACCAGAGUUCCAUACUUAGGCUUGAUGUUUAAUUUUUACAGAUGGUAUUUGCAGAAUAAACAGAAUGUAAUUAA